AUGAUCUGUCCGGAGGACAAUAUUACGGUCAAACUUUUGGAAAUUAUCAACUAUGGAAGGAAGGUAAUAGAGUCAGUGGUCGCCAGGAAGGUCACUCAAGCUGCAGAAGUCAACGGCCUCCUACCAGAUGAACAAAUGGGGAACAGGGCACACCGCUCCACAGAGCUGGCUGUCCGGCUAGUAGUAGCCCAGGUCCAGGAGGCGUGGAGACAGAAGGGUGCGGCAUCCCUAUUGCAACUGGACAUCUGUGACGAACCUACUUCUGGACCCGGUCCUGUUAGGGUUCGGCUUCGGUCGAAGCUAGCCGCGUGGCUGAAAGAGGAUAUCCUCCUACGGCGGGUAAAAGUGCCGGCGGUACGGCCUAAUAAGCCGCGCGGCGCGUCCCGCCGGCGGGCGAAGACGGCGACGGAUGCCGACGAUGAUGCCGAGGCUGCGGCCUUGGGCGAGGCCCAGGUUCUGACGGAGACCAUAAAAGUAUCGCUAGAAGAGGCGGUGCAACUCCUUGCGGAUGACAGAGAAGAUUACAACCCGCCGGCUACCUUUGCGCCUAUGGGGGAAGAAGACAAGGCCGCCGUCAAGUGUACCCUGUUAACGAGGAGCACCGCAGACGUCUAUGUCGCAGCCGUUCUCGAGCUCUGGAGGCUGCAAGUUGCACAUGGGAACCCUAACGUUGAGAACCCUCGCGGCGCGGCCGCCUCGACCGGGAGACCUUUCAAGACCGCGGCGCCGACGGGAUCCAGGCCGGUUACUCGCCCGAAGAGUGGCUGCGAGUGCAGACCACCCUAUGGAGCUGGCCGACCUCUCCCUGCUCGACUACCCGGCUUCCGAAGGCCCGACCCCGUGCGGCUGCCUUGUCAGCCUCCUCCGAGACGGGAAGAUGAACAAGACGCGAGGAAGGAGUUCAUGGGCUCGCUCCGCCACAAAGACCCACUGCUCUGCACGCAGGGCGCCCUUGCACAGCUCUUCUUUUGGCGGUGGCAUAUCGCUGGCGAAGACCCGCCUUCCUUUCGGCGCCGACAGGAUUGGUAUAGGAUCAAAGUCCUCGUCGGGCGGGACCGCGAACAAGAACUCUCGUACCCGGCGCAGCUGCAAGAGACUUGGCGCAUCUUCGGGGCAGCCGGUAUAACCGCCGCCAAAAAGACGCACCUCCCGCGCCGGACCGGUGCGCAAGAUGCCAACACGCACGGCUCAUCUCUUGCUCAGAUUUCGCAGGCCGGCCGUUGGAACCAGAGCGUCCUCACGCCCUCGUCCCAAGGCCGGCUCCCCAUCACUGUUACGGGAUACCUUGGACCGCUAUCGCCGCUAGAAGGGCACCCGGGUGGGCCGGCUGUCUCGGAUGCGUUGGGUGCCCCGGUGCCCCCGGUCCACCCGGUCCCCCCGGCCCUAGCUGUCCGACCCGAGCCGAGCCCGCCUAUUUUUACGGCUUUGACGAAGGCCUAUACGGUAAAUGAUGUGUGGAGGGACUAG